AUGGCAAAAAAGAGCAAAUUACUAGCUGCCCUAGAUGCCCACAAAGGACGAGAUUACCAGGCAGAGAAGAGAAAGGCACAAGUGAAAGCCGCCGAGAAGCGGAAAAGACAGAAGCUGGAGCGAGGAGACGACGACGGGGAAGCGAAGGACGCAAAGGAAGAAAAUGGGAACCUCACCGAGCUUGCAGAAGAGGACACCACCUCAGACAACAAAGCAGACGCAGACAAUCAGAAUGGGGUUGCCGGCCAUGCAGUCGGCGACGGUGCUACUCCUACCAUCCCCCGCCCAGCUCAGACGGUCGACGCCUCGGCCUCAGAAGCCGAAAACGAGUCGGACGUGCCCGUCUCCGACCUCGAAGACUCGGAUCUCGAGGACACGAUCCCCUACCAGAAGAUGACCAUCAACAACGGGCCUGCUCUGAUCGCGGCGCGCAACCGCAUCGCCGUGAUCAAGAACCCCCAAACCACGCCCUUCCACCACCACAACUCCCUGAUAUCGGCCCUCCCACCCACCGCGGAGUCCGUGCCGGACCCCAACGACGACCUCACGCGCGAACUGGAAUUCUACCGCGUGGCCCGCACGGCGGUCGUCGCCGCGCGCGACCUGCUCCGCGCCGAGAAGAUCCCUUUCUCCCGCCCGGCCGACUACUUUGCCGAGAUGGUCAAGAGUGACGAGCACAUGGGCCGCGUGAAGCAGAAGAUGCACGACGAGGCGGCGAACAAGAAGGCCGCCGAGGAGGCUCGCAAGCUGAGGGACGCCAAGAAGUUCGGCAAGGCCGUGCAGGUCGCCAAAGAGCAGGAGCGGGCCCGGGAGAAGAGGAACACGCUCGAGAAGAUCAAGGAGCUGAAGAGGAAACGCAAGGGCGCCGACACGGGCAAAGUGACCGAGGGCAACCUCGAUGACGACCUCUUCCAGAAGAUCGACGUGGAGAACCCGGCGGAGAAAGGAGAACGCUCGACCCGCGACGGUCCCAAUCGCAAGCGACAGAAGCGCGACCAGAAAUACGGAUUCGGGGGCAAGAAACGGCACGCGAAAAGCGGCGAUGCCCUCAGCAGUGGCGACCUGCGCGGAUUCUCGGCAGCCAGGAUGAAAGGCAAGGGUGGUGGAAAGGGAAAGCCAAAGCGGCCCGGGAAGAGCAAGAGGAUGGCGACUCGGUGA